AGGACUGAUAACAACGUUCCCGAUCGGAAACGAUCAGUCCGGAGUGAUAGAUCCGUGGAUCGGAAGCUGCUCGGACAAAAGGAUGCAAUGGGCGAGAGCAGAAGCGGCCGUUCAGGGAAAAGGCAAAGGUCCUCCCGCAGGGUCAAUAAAUCCUCUUCGGACACCGAGCUAGCGCAGAGUAGAAGGAAGAGCCGGAAAAAGAAAUCGAAAGAAAAAUGGCCCUUAGUGGAAGGGUUGACAGUAGAUGAAUUGGCGCGUUAUCGAAGAAGGCGCGUACAUGGCCAGCCAGACAAUCUUCGACUUCACCCUGAAGCCGACAACGAAGAUCUCGUCUCUGAAUAUCGUGAAGCUUUUCGCGCGAGAAGUGAGGAAUUUUUGAAGGAAAGUACCUGGUUGGAUAAACGAUCUGAGGAAAUUCAAGAGGAAGAUUCGAUUAAAAAAGAACCGGAAGGUAAACGGGAAGAAGGACAAACAGAGCUUCCAGUCGCAGAUAAAAAGGCUUCUCCAAGUCGAAUAGAUGACGAUAGAACGAUGGAAACUGAAAAUGCGAAAGUCACAGACCACACCGAUCUCCCUAAACGACCUCCCUUAAAUAGACGAGGCAAAACUUUGAAACGUGACGGUGAUCUGUACCCGGAAUCCGAAACGUAUUCAUCGUACGUGGCAUACGAGGGUCAGCACAGGCCAGAGUUGGCUCGCAGGGCCACGGCUUUGAAAAUGGAAGGCGAUUUCGAAACAAGCACUGAACAAUGUGAGAAAUUCAUUCAGUGGUUGAACGUUACCCGGCCGGAACUUAUGCGCGUGCCGACGAACUUGAAGCUCGAGGGUGAAUUCGAGACUAGCACGGAAAAUCACGAGAACUAUGUACCGUUCGUAGGGGUACGAAGACCAGAAUUACUCAGGCAGAAUACUCAUUUGAAAUUAGAAGGGAAGUCUAACUUCGUGCCGGAAUACGCUGACGUCUUCAAAAAACACAAUAAUAAAGAACGUCCACAGCCAGUAAAACCAAACGCUCGUCUAAAGACUGGAAAAUCCUUUUUCCAAAGCACCGAAAACGCUGAUAGCUUCAUCGAUUCUCGGGAAACACAGCUAAUGAGUGAAUUGAAUAAACAUAUUGAAGAGGAGGAGAAAGCAUUGAAACAGAAACAAAGUAGAGACGAGGAAAUGAAAGAGUUGAUCUCAAGGUUGGAAGAUCUGAAAUAUCCACCGCUUGAAAUUCCGGAAUACAAAGAUGCAUACAAGAAUUUCCCAAGAGAAAGACCUACAAUAGUGAAGCCUGAAGACGAAAUUGGUCGAGCAGAUGGCUCGAAAAUACCUUCGUCGCCUACAUCAAAGUUUCCAACAAAAAUUGAUCAAGAUCCAGAAUAUAAAUCGAAAUACUUAGAUCAUCAAAAAGAUCCUCCUGUCUACCGCAAACCACCUCUAGCUUUGAGAUCAACGGUCGCUCCUUUGGAACAUAGUUCAAGGUUUGGUAGACAAGAUUGCAAACGCCGUGACGAAUUUACCAGCGAAGUACGAGCCCAAUAUGUUCCUUAUGGCCGUAUACCGAGAGUUGAAACUUUAAAAAUGCCAGCUAACUUACGUCUGGAAGGUAAUCUCGAUCUGGAACCCGAAUACAGAAUGGCUUAUUGCACCAGACGUGACAGUCAAUUGCAAACCGGAGCGAGAAUGCAUCGUGGACGAGAUCGUAGCCUAAGUGGUUCCAGGCGGAAAGAAAAUUAUUGGUUGAACAAUAACGCAGAGCAAUUCGGUUUCAUGAAUGCAGCAGAAGAGCAAGACGCGUUUCAAGUGUUAAACACUCGGGUACACGAAGACAACGUGUGCGAACGACCACCGUCAAGUAGUCGAAGAUGUUCAAAAUCUUCACAAACGCAAUUAAGUACAACGGAAUGUAAUAAGUUGGACAGAUCGACCAGCCCGACUUAUCGGCUUCACGUUUGCAACGUAGACGACGAACCCAGAGGUUUCCGGCGUAAACGUUCGCCGUCACUACAGUCUUCCGAAAGGACACACAAUCCUCCGACGGAUCGCAUACUUCAAACCGAUCCCAUCAGACCGUACUCUCCCAGUUUUGGUAAAACCCCGAAACAACACGCGAAUGGUCAAUCAUUCGUUGUUCUAGAUAAUGCUGUCUUCGAUGCGAAUAAGAACGAGAUUCGCAGACGGCGAACGACGGAUCGCAAUUACAAUAUCGAUGGCACAAUUUCGAGGAGAAGAACAAAAACGCCGGCGAAUUGGAUGCCCCCGUGGUACGAUAAUACAACUACCAUUUAAUAAACAUUUUCAAAACUGAGGGCCUUUGUACUUUUUAAUACUGACCCGCAAUAAAGUUUCUGAAUAAAUAUCUAUCACA